UACUGAAUAUCUUUAUUCCCAUUUUCCUAGAUUCUAUGAAAAAGAAGAAAUAAAAGGAAAUCACCCACAUUUUCAAAAUGUUUAUCAAAAUGCAAAAUGAGAUAGACCAUGACCAUGAAUCAGAAAAAUACAUCAAGGAUUCCACCAUCAUGAGAAGAGAUCCCCAAAAUGUUCUUGGUCCUUCGGUGCUCCCUAAACUUGAGAUCCCAUUCUCAGUAAAGGAUAUCAUCUCCAGGAUUGAGCGAGCACAGCUCCAUCGAGCCAGAGAGGACAUUGAUAUGCAGCUGGGUGAAAUAAUGAACAAUGUGCAUCGAAUAAUGACUCGCUAUACUCUUGUUUUUAACUCACCCCCUGAAAGGAAUGUCUCCCUUGCAGAACAUAAGAGAAAACAGAGAACCAGUUUUCUUGAGAAAAUGGCUACUUACGCUAAGACUGCUGAAAUUAGAGAAAAGACUCUUGUCAACAUUCUGGUCUGGCUGGAAGAAUGGAAUGCCAUUUUGUCUGAGAUUACUGUAAUGGAUGUUGAUGAACACCACCACUGGAUAGCACAAAUGGAGAUGUUACCGGAAACAUUAAAAGCUAUUGACAACAAUGUCAAGAUACUAAGCAGAUUUAGCACAUUUUUCCUCGACGAAAAGAAGAAACAAAAGAAAAAAAUAUUAUCUAGAGGUACUCUGUGGAAAUCUUGGAAAGAAAGAGUCAUGAAACGACCUGCAACAGCCCAUGCUUUAAGACCAGAUCAGAUGAUUAGUGAUCAGUUUGCAACAAAUACAAAGGUUUCAGAAAUCCAAGGUAUGCUACAGGAACUCAUAGCCACCACAAUGUUCAGUACAUUGGAAAACAAUGCUAUUAAAUAUAUAUCAUCAACAAUAGUAAACCUUUCUAAAGCUUUGAGUGCGCUAAGUGAUGAAUUAAAAGGUAUUAACUUCCAAAGUUCCACUAUAUAUGAACAUGAAACAAGUGAAGCAGGAAAGGAGCUCUCUCUGAACAUAAUACAAGAUCUCAGUAACGAAAAUGAAAUGCUUCAGCAGAAACUUCAUGAUGCAGAAGAAAAAUGUGAACAACUUCUUCGAUCCAAAAUUGUUACAGAACAGGUGUAUAAAACAUUGUCUGCAUCAUCAACUGUGAAAGCAUUACCUGGAUCUUCUCUGCAGUCAUCCAGGGCCACUAUCAAAGCUGAUGAUAUUGAGGACAAUAUGGACAAUAUUUUAGACAAGGAACUUGAAAAUAUUGUAAAAGAAGUCCAAAGAAAAGGGACCAAGGGCUCUGGAAUAACAUGGGACUCCACUAUUUCAUAUACAGCCCAAGCUGAAACAACUCCAGAUUUAACUGAACAGCAACAGCAACCUGUGGCUUCCAAAGAUAUUUCUGAAGAUGGCACUAAAGAUUACGUAUCACUGAGGAAAGGUGACGAGUAUCAAGCAUGGAAAAAAAAGCACACAAAAGUCACAUAUGUAGAUGAGACUUCUGAACCAAAUCUGAGUGAUAAUAAAGAUGGACAGAAAGUCUCAGAGGCCCAACCUAGUCAAUACUAUGAGCUACUGGAAAAGAAAAGAAAAGAAAAGAAAUCCAUAUCUGAAGUCAAAUCAAAGUCACCCACUGAAGCAAAAGGCCAACAUCUCUUUUUCACUGAAACAAAGAGCCAAGGUGGCAGAAGUAGAACAAGUAUUAUGUUGGAGCAAUUUAGGAAGGUCAAACGUGAGUCCCCAUUUGACAGAAGACCAACUGAACCAGAGAUUAAAGUAGAACCCACCACUGAGGCAUUGCACAAAGAAAGCAAAGGUGAAAUCAGAAGCCUAGUGAAGCCACUCAGUACAAUCCAAUCUGAUUAUACUGCUGAGCCACAGAAAGGAAAAAUAAAAGGAAAAAAACACCAUAUCUCUUCAGGAACUACUGCAAGCAAAGAAGAAAAAACUGAAGAGAAGGAAGUGUUAACCAAACAAGUCAAAUCUCAUCAACUUGUUAAAUCACUCUCAAGGGUAGCUAAAGAGAUUUCAGAAUCUACCAGAGUUCUAGAAAGUCCAGAUGGCAAAAGUGAACAGAGUAACCUCGAAGAAUUUCAGAACGCCAUAAUGGCUUUCCUAAAACAGAAAAUCGAUAACAUCGGAAAGCCUUUUGACAUAAAGACUCAUCUGAAGGAAGAGGAGUUAUUAAAAAGAGCAGAAGCUGAAAAAUUAGGAACCAUAAAGGCAAAAAUGGAGGAAUAUUUCCAAAAAGUGGCUGAAACUGUGACUAAAAUCUUGAGAAAAUACAAAGAUAAAAAAAAGGAAGAACAAGUUGGGAAACCUAAAAAACAAAAAAAGGUAGUCUCAUUUAUGCCAGGAUUGCAUUUUCAGAAGUCUGAAAGCAGCACCUUUCUCUCACAUGAGAGCACAGAUCCAGUAAUUAACAAUUUAAUACAAAUGAUCUUGGCUGAAAUUGAAAGUGAAAGAGAUGUUUCAACAGUCCCAAAAGUACAGAAAGACCGCAAGGAGAGGGAAGAACAAAGGCAGGAGCAAGAGGAUUUGCAAGAGGAUCAAGAACAAAUGUCUGGUGUGAGUCUCAAACAACAGUUGCUGGAAGAAAGAAAUCUCUUAAAGGAGCACUAUAAGAGGAUAAGUGAGAAUUGGGAAGAGAAAAAGGUGUAUCGCCAGAUGAAGGAGGGAAAGCAAGAACAACAGAGACAGAAACAGUGGCAGGAAGAAGAGAUAUGGAAGACAGAGCAAAAAGAGAGGACUCCAAAGCAGACGGAGCAAGAGGACAAGCAAAAGCAAAGAGGACUGGAGGAAGAAGAGCUUCCAGAGUCAAGCCUGCAGUGGCUGGAAGAAGGGAUGCAAAAAAUGAAGGCACAAGGGUUGCUCUUGGAAAAGGAGAAUGGACAGAUAAGGCAGAUUCAGAAGGAAGUGAAACAUCUGGAGCCAAUCAUAAAACAGGAGAAAGAGAAGAAAAAGCAGAAGCCAGGGAGAGGGCUAGAGGACCUUGAAAGGCAAAGACAGACCGAAACAAAGGAUCGGAUGCAGAUGAAGAAAACAAAACCUACAGAGCUAGAAAAAGUGGUCAUCCAAACUCCAAUGACAUUAUCUCCCAGGUGGAAGAGCGCAGUGAAAGAUGUACAGCAGUUAUAUCAAGGAGAAGCGUUUCAUAGGAAUCUGAAGAAGUUAGAAAAUCUUCCUGAUGAAAAGAAGCCCGUACUAGCCACACCUCCCUCCCCACAAUCCUCCCCACCUGGAGCUCUACCUAUUUCUGGACAGCCUCUCAGUAAACGCAUUCAUUUCACACCACAGCUGGCCCAGGAAGUGGGGAUCACCCUCAGCCCUCAGCAGGCCCAGGAACUAGGGAUCCCUCUUACCCCUCGGCAGGCCCAGGCUCAGGGGAUCACUCUCACCCCUCAGCAGGCCCAGGCCCUGGGAAUUCCUCUGACCCCUCAGCAGGCUCAGGAACUAGGAAUCCCUCUCACCCCUCAGCAGGCCCAGGAUCAAGGGAUCACUCUCACCCCUCAACAGGCUCAGGAACUGGGGAUCACUCUCACCCCUCAGCAGGCCCAGGCCCCGGGGAUCCCUCUCACCCCUCAGCAGGCCCAGGCCCUGGGGAUCACUCUCACCCCUCAGCAGGCUGAGGCUCAAGGGAUCACUCUUACCUCUCAACAGGCCCAGGCCCUAGGGAUCCCUCUCACCCCUCAGCAGGCUCAGGCUCAGAAAAUCACUCUCACCCCUCAGCAGGCCCAGGCCCUGGAGAUUCCUCUCACCCCUCAACAGGCCCAGGAAUUGGGGAUCACUCUCACCCCUCAGCAGGCACAGGCCCUGGGGAUUCCUCUCACCCUUCAGCAGGCCCAGGAACUGGGGAUCCCUCUCACCCCUCAGCAGGCCCAGGCUCAGGGGAUCACUCUUACCCCUCAGCAGGCCCAGGCCCUGGGGAUCCCUCUCACCCCUCAGCAGGCCCAGGGUCAGAAGAUCACUCUUACCCCUCAGCAGGCCCAAGUCCUGGGGAUCCCUCUCACCCCUCAGCAGGCCCAGGCUCAAGGGAUCACUCUCACCUCUCAACAGGCUCAGGAACUGGGGAUCACUCUCACUCCUCAGCAGACCCAGGCCCUGGGAAUCUCUCUCACCCCUCAGCAGGCCCAGGCCCUGGGGAUCCCUCUCACCCCUCAGCAGGCCCAGGCACUGGGGAUCCCUCUCACCCCUCAGCAGGCCCAGGAACUGGGGAUCCCUCUCACCCCUCAGCAGGCCCAGGAACUGGGGAUCCCUCUCACCCCUCAGCAGGCCCAGGUCCUGGGGAUCCCUCUCACCCCUCAGCAGGCCCAGGCCCUGGGGAUCCCUCUCACCCCUCAGCAGGCCCUGGAACUGGGGAUCCGUCUCACCCCUCAGCAGGCACAGGCUCAGGGGAUCCCUCUCACCCCUCAGCAGGCCCAGGAACUGGGGAUCCCCCUUACCCCUCAGCAGGCCCAGGAACUGGGGAUCACUAUCAGCCCUCAGCAGGCUCAGGAACUGGGGAUCGCUCUCACCUCUCAACAGGCACAGGCUCAGGGGAUCACUCUCACCCCUCAGCAGGCCCAGGCACUGGGAGUCCCUAUAACCUCAGCAAAUGCCUGGGUGUCAGCUGUCACUCUUACCCCUGUGCAAACCCAGGCUUUGGAGUCUCCUAUCUACUUAGAACAGGCUCAAGAACAGUCAUUGAAAUUAGGGGUCCCUCUCACCUUAGAUAAAGCCCAUACCUUGGGAUCGCUCCUCACCCUUAGCCAAGUCCAACCUUUGGGCUUCCCCUUCACCCCAGGACAGGUCCAGCCUGUGCGUAUUACUCUCAUGUCUGAGCAUGAUCCUAAAUCAAGGGCUUCUGUCACACCAAGAGUGCCUCACAUUCCUAAGCAGCAGGCCAUAUUGGCUACUCCUACCCAUAGACUAUUUCAGGAAUCAAAGGCUUCUCUCCCCACUGGGCAAUCCAUCAUAUCAAGAUUAUCUCCAAGCCUUAGGCUGUCUCUGGCAUCAUCUGCUCCUACUGCUGAGAAGUCCUCUAUAUUUGGGGUCUCUUCUACUCCUUUGCAGGUGUCAAGGCUUCCCCUCAAUCAAGGCACCUUUGCCCCUGGGAAGCCCCUAGAAAUGGGGAUUCUACCUGAGGCUGGUACACUUGGGCCACCACAGACUCUUCAUUCCUCUGGACAGACCCUGGUAUACGGAGGUCAAUCCACUUCUGUGCAGUUACCAGCACCACAGGCCCUUCCCACUCCUGGGCAGCUCCCAAUAUCUGGGGCCCCUCCCACUCCAGGGCAGCCCUUUGAACAGGAGGCCCUUAGCUCUAGGGAGCUUUUCAAAACUGGGGCCUCUCUGACUCCUCUACCACCUCGAAUGUCAAAAGCCCCUCUUGCCCCCAGGCAGCAACUUAUAGCUGCAGUCCCACCCGCUUCUGGACAGAUUCCCAGUCUCUGGGCUCCUCUCUUUCCUGGGCAGCCCUUAGUUCCUGGAGCCUCUUCCAUCCAUGGGGACCGCCUGCAAUCUGGAUCCUUAACCUUCUCUGAGCAGCUCCAGGAAUUCCAGCCUCCUGCCACUGCUGAGCAAUCUCCCUAUAUUCAGGCUCCUUCUACUCUUGGGCAGCAUUUGGCACCAUGGACCCUUCCUGAGCAAGCUUCUUCAUUAUGGAUCCCUCCCACCCCUAGACAUCCUCCCAUUUGGUCCCCUUCUUUUGCUAAGAAGAGACUGGCAUUUAUUUCUUCUCUGAAAUCUAAAUCAGCACUGAUCCAUCCUAGUGCUCCAGAUUUCAAGGUAUCUCAAGCUCCUUUCACCACUAAGUUCCAAAUGUCAGAGGUCUCUGAUACUUCUGAAGAAACCCAGAUACUUCGAGAUCCUUUUGCUAUAGAAUCAUUUAGAACAUUUCAGUCCCAUCUCACCAAAUACAGGACACCAGUAUCGCAAACCCCUUACACUGAUGAAGGGGCCCUUCCCACUCUCAUGAAGCCUACAAUAUCACUAUCUUCUCUUACUACUCUACUCAAAACAACACAGAUUUCACCUCCUGAAUGGUACCAGAAAUCCCGCUUCCCUCCUAUAGAUAAGCCCUGGAUACUGAGUUCAGUUUCAGGUACCAAGAAACCCAAGAUUAUGGUGCCUCCUUCCUCUCCUAAAGAACUUGAAGAGAAGAGGUAUUUUGUUGAUGUGGAGGCUCAGAAGAAGAACCUGAUAUUAUUAAAUCGGGCUAUAAAAACUUGUGGAUUCCCUUCACAGCUACACAUAACAGCCAGGACUCUCAUAAUUGAGAUACUUCAUAUGGACACGGUUCAGUUGGGAUACCUAUUCCGCAAGUACAUUGCCUAUAGGCUGAUCCAGUAUGCCAGAAACAACAUAAUGAAACGACUAAAAGCCAUCCAGAAUACUGGGAAAGGCUAUGAGACCAGGAAACUUUAUGUGAUGCUAAGCAGACUUGAUGACUACCAGAAAAAGGUGAUGCAGGUCUGGACUGAGAAGCAGAAGUCUCUAGGGCAGAAACGGAAUCAGUGCUUGAAGAAAAUGAUACAUGUAUUUGACGAGCUCAAAAAGAUACAUGAUUUGAAUCUUAGUCAACCUAUCCCCUUAAUCAUCAAAGGAAAGCAGAUACCUGCCUCUACCAUAUUUGUUCAAAAGCCAUUCUUAAAACUACUAAUGGAAGAGGACAGAACCUCUGACAUAUUCAAGAAAUUUAGACAACAAGAGGACCAGACAGAGGCCAUCUGGAAUGUUGAUCUGUCCACUACAAGCUACCCAAUAGCAGAGAAGACAUCUAUGCAUUCACUCUGGGCCCAGCUGGGUGGGUACCCAGAUAUUCCUAGGCUGCUGCAGUUAGAUGUGCAGUCUACCUUCAGAAAAUCUCUUGCAUCCCUCCAAUCACAGUAA